GUUAUAAGGGGGGGUCCCGACCUGCGCGCGUUCAGUGUACCCGAGUGUCCCGUGUUGCGUGUGCGCUCUAUCGAGUGGUAUUCCACACUAUUUCGACAAUCCCGAAAAACUCAACAUGCAGAUCGUUCUUGCAACAUGUUUUCUGCUCUUCGCAGCUACCAUUGGCCCUGCUGCAGCUCAAAGGAUAACAACGAUACAGCUGGAUGGAGUGCAAUAUUUUAUAUCCAGGAUGAACCCCUAUAGUCCAGAGCUCAACUAUUUCUUAGCGUACCAGUAUUGCAGAUCAUUAGGUCUCCAAUUAGCUUCAUUUGAGACUAAAGAAAAGGCAGACUCUAUCACAACGUAUCUAACGAAUGCUGGAUACAAUAAAUAUGAUUUCUGGACAUCUGGAAAUAACCUCGGUACUGAUAUGUACCUAUGGAUGAGCACUGGUCUGCCGUUCAACGCUACCUUCAACUAUAUGAGACGCCUCACCAUGGACCAGCCCAGCCAACAUGCUGAUGACAGCAUGGACCCUCUGGAUGUCCCACAAGGCAGCACAGCACCCCAACGUACCGCGAGACAUGGUCUGUUUUCCAGAACUGAGCAUGUGAUGACCAACGGUUGCGUGGCGCUAAAGGCACCGACGUUCCACUGGGAGCCACAACACUGCGGUGAAAUCAAAGACUUCAUCUGCGAACAAACGCGCUGCUACUACUACAACUACGGAUCAAUCCCCGUAUCUUCUGCGCAGGGAAAGCCCCUUUCGAUGACGACCACGACGACAGCGCAUCCGCUCACGUCGUCGUCGCCACCACCACCCCGCUCUGAGCACCUGCCGACCCACUUCACACUGAAUGACCUCAUCGGCAAGCUGCGUCCUUCUUCGCUCGACGGCCUUCAGUCCCCGCAUCUUAAGACCGGCGCUCUCUUAAAGUCACCCCCACAAAUUGACUCGCACUACUCCCGUGCCGCUGAUGCUCAUUCAAAGGAGCCUGAACGCGAACCAAAGGAGGAGCACACUCAAGGCCCAUAUGAAGAUGAUGAGGGUAUGGCGGGUGAUGACCCUGCUGCCUACUUGACCCAAGAGGCUCAUGAUGCGCCAACUGCCGAGGAGGUGCCUUCCACUGCCGAACCGGACGCUACUGAACGAUCCGUCCAUGCUAGCGGCAUGCUAGCACCCCCUGCCUACUAGCGUCCGAUUCGACAGCUCUUCGUAUUAUAAGCUUGUGACGUUUAGUUGUAUUUACUACCAAAAGUAUUAUUCAUUAUUUCAAAUAUAUUGUAGAUUGAUUAUAAUACUUAUGCUUGCUUGUGAGGUUCCUUAGGCUCCUCGGUAAAUGCGUCGCUGUAAAUGAGAAUCAGAUGUACUGCAUCCAUUAAUGGCGUAUAAAUACUAGAAAAACCAUCAAUCUAUUACUCAAUUAAAUAUUUUAUUCAGGUUUCAGCUGUACCAUAGUUUACAAAAUAAGGAAGUAAAAUUAUCUUUGUGCAUGAUAAGCUUUCAGAACAUUCAUAUAUUCCUGUAGUGCAUCUAGUAUUUAUACGUGAUUCGUCCCCUUUUUAUGUAUAAAUGACGACGUGUGGUGGGAUUUUUUAUUUUUCCAUGGGCAACUAUUAUGUAAGUGAAGGUGCUGGCGACUCGUGUUACGACUUGCCUCCGCUUUCUUAUCCGAGCAACGAAACGAACAUUCCACACAAAUAAUAGCUACCUAAACUUCGAUAAAUUUUAUUUUACGCAUGUUUAAGAUCUCCGGGAUUUCGUUUGUAUCGAAUAUAUUUAAUUUUAAUUUAAGUAAAAUUGAAUAAAUAAAGCAUUGUCUGGACAUAUCAUUCGGAUUAGUUAUAAGUUAGUAUUUGUAAUAUUUGACGUACCUAGUUAAGUAUUGUAAGUUGAAACUCAAGAAUUUAAAGAAUAGUGAUGUAGCGAGGAUAAUAAAUUGUAAACAAUAAAUAAA